CUUUCACUAGAGGGCGCUGUAACCACAAAGAAACAGUUAACUUUGUCAUAUAAGGUGGAAUUUGCAUUCGAGCAGACGGAAGACGGAGAGCAUCAACGCCGACUGAAGGGAGGAUGCUGUGUCAGUGGAGGCUGCAGCUCAGCCUGGAAACAGCAGCUGGACCGACUAAACGCCAUUUCUUCACUUGUAGCUUUAACACGAACACUUGAAUUAGCCGUUAGCUAAAGGAGGAUGAGUUAGGUCCUCGUUUUUUGCCUGUUCUUUUUUUUUUGUUUUGUUUUUUUUAGUUUAUUUUGCUGAUUUUAAGCCAACUGUCUGGUCUCUUCUGCUCGGAGUUUGAGCUCCUGUGAAGCUGCUGUGCAGAUGGAGCUGAGCAGGAGGAAAGUGCCUCUGUAUGGCCAAGCGAAAGUAUUUGCCCUGCUGGAGGGUUUAGACUUGAUGCCAGAGGAUGUCGAGGUCUACGUUGUUUUGGAAGGAUCCACACUGGUCCAUGUCACCAGAGCCCACAGUGAUGUCAUGCUCUUCUUCAUAGUGCCUGGACACAACCUGGCUGAGGUGGUCUCUGUCCAGGCUUACUUGUGCUCUGAAACCACACCCCUCACCUGGGUGGGCGGGGCUUCAUUGGAGUAUGUCCAAGAUGAUGCUCAGGACCUGGCAGAGCACCUGGUAAUCCACGGACAUUGUUUGAGCUCCACAGAUCACAAGGAGCUGAGCAGUCUCUUCAACCUGAGCCAGGAGAGCUCUCGCUGGACUAUGGAUCGUCGCGUGGCCCUGGCCAUGGCCAACCUGAGCAUCCCCCAAAACUGGAAUGUGCUGGGGAGCCACUGUGGAGAUGAGCACAGUCCCAGGGAGUCACCCCUCCACCUGGCCGUGCGAUGGGGUCUGUAUCGGCUGGCAGAGCUGCUGCUUUGUCAGCCGGGCGGUCUGAUGGCUGUCAGUCUGCCGAACGAAGAGGGAGUCACACCACUGCAUCUGGCACGGACAGCAGGCAACACCGAGCUCCUGGAGCUGCUCACACACCCACCCAACCCUCUAGCCACGCCUCCAGCAGGUCUGUCACAGGUGUGGGCAGACCAGUCCCGCUUACUGAGGUUCUGUCAUGAUACGGGGAACCUGACUCUGACCGUCAGACAAAACCUGAGGUGGAGCUCGGAGGAGAGCCGGCAUGCUGACAUCCUGCUUCUCAGAAACCGACUCAGAGAUGAGGACUUCCUCAGAGAGAUCAAAGCACUGAGAAGUGAACGUGUGGAGACCAUCUUAGAGAAGGAAGAACCGGUGGAUGAUCCAACAGAGAAUGCACUAUAUUCCGACAUCAAUGGAGGAACCUCUGCUGCAGAUGAAAAUGACUACGAGGAGCCGCUGAUAUUUUGCCUGACUGAGGAGGAGGACGAUUCUGAUCCCCAGAGAGAGGAGAGGGAAAAAAGCCAGUCCAUAAGGGAGAGCCAGGCCUCGUCCCCGACUCUGGCUGCGGCUGCUAGACUGUCAGCGAUGAUACAUGGCAAAGACAGAGUGUACGCCAACACCAUGCUGGUGGACCAGGUGAAUGGUGUAGACAUUAAAUACCGCUCUCCAGGGGAGGAGGAGGUGAGCCCUGCACCCCAUGUUGGCAGCCCACGUUGGGACACCUUCUCCAUGACUUCCUCUGACUCAAGGAGCUGCUCCCAGAUACAGCACCCAUCCUCGCUCCAUAAUGGCGAGAGGGGAAUCCGAGGCCCCAGCCUGGAGAAUCAUAGGGAGCCAUCUCCUCGUGUCUCCCCCCACUCUCCCUAUGCUUCUUCACCAUGUUUUCCUUCCUCCCCACUGGCUUCCCCCUUCCGUUUGCUUGAAGGAGCACAAAGGCGUCAGGCGCAGCCAUGCCUGCCAGUUUCUCCUGCUUUGAACCGCAGGGGAUGCAGUCUGACAGACGCGAGCCGGGCCCUGAGUCCUAGUCUCGAGUGUGACAGCGGAGAAGAGGACAUACUGGGACAUUCAUACCCAUGCUCAUCUUUAAAGGAGCAGUCCAUCCUGCGAUCCAGCUCAGGAGAGGAGAGGGACUCUUUUGACACGUCACCAGACUUUAACCGCUCACACUCUGACACCACGCACCAGCCCAGCAAGAAUCCAGAGGAGAAUGAAGUUCGUCUGCGCUCCUACUCCUACUCUUCCCCCAAAGCGAAGCCGUCACGGCCGCUGUUAAACCGAGACGUGGCCAUCAGCGACCUGGCAGAAGAUGGUGCAUUCAGCAGCAGCAGUCGUUCUCUACUCCAAGCUUUAUCUCUCUCUAAAUCCCUCUCUCGUCUCAACCAAGUCAAGCAGAGGGCAUUCAGCCUGACUGAGACUCCCAGAGAAAAGAGGGUUUUGGGUUUCCGUAAGCGGGCCCAGUCUGCAGAGGAGGAGAGCAGCGCAUCACUCCAACAUCUCACCCUCACAGAGUUCCUCAAAGAGAUCGAAGAUGAGGAGUGGGACAAAUACAUAAUCCCGUCUAAGGUCGAGUCAGAGAAGUACAAAGUCAGCCGGACCUUCAGCUUCCUCAAGAACAGGAUGUCCAGCACUCGCAACAAGACCAAGGUGAAGGGCAAAGAGGUGAAGGAGGGAAAAGAGAAGUCAGGAGCCGCCAAUGGACACCAGUUCGUUCCUGUGUCUCCUUCUGGUCCUGCACUCUGUGUGGCCUGUGAUAAGUCUGUUUCUGGGAAGGAGCUGUUACAGUGCUCCAACUGUUUCCUGAAUGUCCAUAAAAACUGUCGAGAAUCUGUCGCGGCCUGUGGAAAGAGGCCACAGGAGAGGAAUGCAUUGCUGAUGAAAAGCAAGACCUUGUCUCUCCCACAGAACUCUUUGAAAGACAACUCUCCAGCCUCCAUUUUUUCUUCUUCCUCUUCACUUCCUACGAUGACCCGAGACAAGAGAGAAACAGUCGCCCCUCUCUCCAAAAGCCUCUCCAUCUCUAUAGAUAGCAGACGGCUAAGUGACACAGCAGGGGUGGAUGGUGAGUGCAGCGUGACAGCUUGCACUAACAGCUCGUUGUCUGACGAGGGAACACCGGUCCUCGCAACUCCUCCGUCAGCUGAGCCGCCGAUCACCACACAGGAUGCUGUUGAUGCUCCUCUAUUUAGCGACCUGUCAGCUGACCUGCUGGGACUUGAGGUGGAGUCAUGGAGUCUGGCAGUCGGUCCAGAGUUUUGCAGGCAGUGUGACAGGCGCACCGCUAAACGCCAGGAUGUUAUUUAUGAGCUGAUGCAGACAGAGCUGCACCACAUCCAAACCCUGACGGUCAUGUCGGAGGUUUUCAGGAGAGGCAUGCUGGAGGAGCUACAGCUCGACUGCGAGUGUGUGGCCCGGAUCUUCCCCUGCUUGGAUCCUCUGCUGCUCUUUCACAGAAACCUUUUUGGUGCGCUGCAGGAACGCCGACAGGCUGCAACCCAACCUGACAACCCCCGAAAUUACCUCAUUCAUCAGAUUGGCGAUGUCCUGCUUCAACAGUUCUCAGAUGAAAAUGCUGAAAAGAUGAAGCAGGUGUAUGGAGAAUUCUGCAGCCAUCACACGGAGGCCGUAAAUGUCUUCAAAGAACUGCAGCAACAAAACAAAAAACUGCAAAGUUUUGUCAAACAACAGAGCAAUAACUCUCUGGUCAGACGGAGAGAGGUGCCAGAAUUCAUCCUGCUGGUGACUCAACGCAUCACCAAGUACCCAGUGCUGCUGGAGAGGAUAUUACAGUGCACUCCGGAGGGAAGUCAAGAAUACUCUGACCUGACAAAUGCCCUGGCUCAGAUCCGUGACAUCAUCACUGCAGUGGACCUGACUGUAAGUAAGUAUGAUAAAUGUCAGGAGCUGCAGGAAGUGCUGACUCGGCUUGAGAACAAGAGCAUCGCCAAACUAAAGAACGGCAAGGUGUUUCGCAAACAGGACCUGCAUAGCAAACACAGGGAUCUGCAACAUAAAGGGCUGGUCUACUGGAAGACUGCCACAGGACGUCUAAAAGAUACUUUGGCUCUCCUGCUCACGGAUGUUCUGGUUUUCCUACAAGAGAAAGACCAGCGCUUUGUAUUUGCUGCUGUGGACCAGAAGCCUCCUGUAAUUCCUCUGCAGAAGCUCAUUGUCAGAGAAGUAGCCAAUGAGGAGAGAGGGAUGUUCCUUAUCUCUGCCUCCUCAGUGGGACCAGAGAUGUAUGAAGUUCACACCACCAGCAGAGACGAGAGGAACGCAUGGAUGAGACACAUAAGACAAGCUGUGGAGAGUUGUCCUGAGGAAGAAGAGGAGGAGGAGCGAAGUGCUGAGACAGAGGAGGCCAGGCGAGCAGCGGAAGUGAGAGUUCAGAAGAUCACCAAGUUCCAAGAGACACUGUUGGGUCAGGACCAGCGAAUCUGCAACAGUCUGGAGGAGAAGUUACAGCUUUAUGCUGAGCUCACAGAGUUAACCCUCUGCUCACCAGAACCUGUACCACACCGCCAUCUGCUGGUACAACCAGACACGGACAGUGAAACACCAAGACAGGCCUCUUCACUGCUCACAGCUGCACUUAGAGAAGCAGAGAAUCUGAUCACCAUUCUGCAGGCUAGUGAUGGCCUAUGCGGACAAAGUCAAAGCUCUCCUGUCCGAGGACCAGAGGGCCGCAGCUACAACAGCCAUGGCAGCAGCAUCCAGGAGUCUCCCUCUGAACCAGAUUAUCUGAGUACGCUCAGUCUGAGCUCCGCGUCUCUUGGAUCAGACAGCGAGCUGACAGGGCAGGACGGUGUGUUGUGGAGCUCUGCUGUCGAGCUGAGAAGGGGAGACACCAAAGGGAUGCUGUUUAAGGUGGCAGAGAGUGUCCAGAGUCUGACUCAGCUUCUCUAUAGCCUGCAGGCUGCCAUAACCCUUCAGGACAGCUUCCAUGAAAUCCAGAAACUCCUGCUCCAGGAGGGAGAAAGACCUCAGCUCCGAACCUUGUCCUCGCUUCAAAACAGUCUGGAGCAGGAGAAGCAGAGGAGUAUCGAUAAGAAGAAAGAGGAAGUAGAGAAGAAGGCUUUAGAGAGGAAGAAAGAAGAGGCGGAUGAGGUGCAGAAACUCCAUGUGAAGCUGAAACAGGAGCAGCAGCGCUGGGACAAAGAGUGUCUAGCCAGAGAGAAACAACAGAAUGAGCAGGAGAGUAUGUUGGAGCAGCGAGAGCAGCAGUGCCUCCUGGAGGCUGAGCGUCUGCGUUGCGAGCGUGAGCAGCUUGACGCCCAGCUGCUGGAGUAUCAGCAAAAUCUUAACCGACUGAGAGAGGGUCAGAGGAGUGUGGAGAGGGAGAAGGAGAAGAUCGAAGCCCAGCAGAGGCUACUGCAGAGCUGGAGACACAACCGCCAGAGCAGCCUGCCUGUUACAAUACCACUGGAUGGAUACAAGGUGUCCAGCCACAGCCGCUCAGGAAGUCUGGAUGGUAACUGCUCAGUGUACGAGAACGAAGCGGCUCUACUCUCCUCCCUCCAGCAGAGCCACCGCCACCAGCCUGCCGGCAACAACCAGCACCAACGCCUGCUCUCUGCGCCGAGGAAGAACCACGACGGCCCUCUGCACGGCUCUGACUACACCGCUAACCGUGGCCUCAGCCCCAGCCUCUACAACAGCCUCAACACUUUGCUGAGCCAGGCACACAGCAAGCAGCCCCCAGACGAUCUCACAUACCCAAACCACAGUAAUAACCACAGCUGCCCACAGCUGCUGAACGACUCCAUCCACCCCUUCAGCAGCGGUCACAGGGUCACCGUACAGCCGCAAAGGACCAACAACCCAGACUUCAGCCCACCAUUGGACAGACGAUCCCUGGAUCCCUGGAGAUCAGAAGUCACAGGUCACGGACUUUAUGAGGACGACUACUCCUCGUCUCUCUCUCUUACCCCCCUCCUUCCCCCGCAGGCUUACCUUUCCCUUGAAGGACAGAAUGGGGAGGAGGCAGGCGAGGAGAACAUCGUUUAUCUCUGAGAAUCAUCAGAGAG